GAUAACGUCCCCAGAGGGAUCAGUAAGGAACCUCGCUCUUGCUAAUCCCGACAGAUACGUCGAGAAAUGGCUAUGAAGUCCGAAAAAGACUCUCAGGAAAAUGUCUCGUAUUACUACCAGGACGACUACGACUACUACUUCUACGGGAAUGGCACCGAUGGCAUAUACGAGUUCUACACAGUGCCACAGAUCGUGUUCGUCUCCAUCCUCUGUCUGUUUAUCAUUGUGGGUAACAUCUGUGUGUUAGCCGCUAUCCGACUUUCCAAGAAUGGAAGAAAAACCAGAAUGAAUUUCUUCAUACUACACCUGGCUAUAGCAGGCCAAAGCGGGUGGGUGUUGUUCAUCACAUCCAUCUCUGUGGUGACGUUCUUCAUCCCAGCCAUCAUCAUCGCCAUCUGCUACAUCGCCAUCAUCUACAUCAUCUGGUCUAAGGGGCAGAGCAAUGUGUCUGGGUCCCGUUUGGACAGAAUGUCACAGAGCAGUGGUUCUUCUGUCCAUCGUCUGACCAUCAAUGCCAGCAGACACGACUCCGGGAGAGGCAUCAUUCCUCAGGCCAAGAUACGGACCAUCAAAAUGACUCUCAUCAUAGUUAUAGUGUUCACGUUAUGCUGGAGCCCGUUCUUUCUCUACAAUCUCCUGGACGUCUAUGAAAUGAUUCCAAAGAGUAAUCGACUAUCGACCUUCAUCCAGUCUGCAGCCCCGCUGAACUCAGCAGCAAAUCCAAUUAUUUAUGGCAUCUUCAGUACUCGGAUCUGUCGAAACCUCAGGCGCAUUCCCAUGAUUCCCUGUCUGCGGAAGGCUUUCUGCCGGUGUAAAGACAACAAAGAUUUCCCUCAGCGCCCCCAACAUGGCCGCGCCCACCGCUUUCUGGCGAGCCAUUCUACCGACCCUACACUCAGCACGCAGGAAAGCACUAAGCGGGCUCUUCAAUUAAAUGGCGACAUUCGGAUGUGGCCUUUGCACACGGGCCGAGGUAAUGGCAACCAUGGUAGGAAGAAAUUGAGCAGUAAAGAUAAAACAUAUUCUGCCUCUGUCAGCUCUCCAGUCAAGACCAAACUUUCAAAGACGACUCCAGGCAUAUUCAAAUUUCGCCCACACUCAAAACUCUGGAAAAGUGACCGUGAGAGUAAGAAGGGAGCCGUCUACAGUAACAAGAAGAGCCCUGCUAAGUUGAAGGAAGAGGAGGUUGAACUGACAUCAGGAUCAACAGACUCUACUGAUCGGGGUUACUCAAAGCCAACGGCGCUGACCAUGGAAACUAACGGCAGUUCUGUUCAAGAAAUCUUGCAACUUCGCAGGAACAGUAGUGUCAGCUUGAACAACUACCCUGUAAUUUUAGAGGUCUCAGGGAAGGAGAACAAUGACUUAGAAGGUACAGCCCACAAACUUUCAAAAAAAUCUGGAGAAAUUCAUAUAAGCUUUUCUCUCCAUAACAUAGGACGUGCUCCGACGGCAACAGCAGCUACCGAGCGACCCUCGAGGCACAGUACCGAAAUGCUUUCUAUUUCGCAGAAGGGGUGUAUGCCUGACGACAAAUUAGACAGUUUGGUUAUAUGUAACACUUGCGUUGAUGAAUCCAGCUUGGGUUCCAGGAUGUCGGGAGCAUCUUCGCCGUCCGUCUCACCAACACAAGGUGGUAGACAUUCCCCUGAGGCUCACUGCAGCAGUGCAGACAUUACUCCAUGUAAUCAUUCUCAACGCAUCACCCACGUCGCAGACGACCCAGUCACAAGAUCACAUGACCUCAUCUCGACAUCGCCGUCCACUCCCCGGUCAGCAAGUCCAGCUACUGCUGGGUCUGACCAGGAGGAUGAGAAGACCGACACUCUUCUGCGUGACAGAUAUCUGGCAACUCGCCGACCUACAGGAGUGCCGUCAGUGCGAAAACGCCUGGAUAAGGGAGACAAUCAAUUGUUACACAGCGUUACACAGAAACUUCAGGUGUAAAUCCUGAAACGUACCGUUAUUGGUAUUUUCUAUUUGUAUCUAGGAGGAUCCAAUUUCCCUAAUGCCUGGGACAAGCUGAGGGGAAUUCCAAAGGUGUAUUGAUGAAAAAACUCUUUAUAGAUUGGUUUGGCACGUGUACACGUGAGAUCCCCGCCGAGUUCAUCAGGGUCCCAGCUGGUUGCAUCCUCAGUCUGCAACCGUGAAAAGGGACAUCGUAAUUCAAUCAAGGAGAGUAGUGGAUCAUUUAUACUUUUUUCCCGACAUGGAACAAGACUCUACACAUCCCAUAGACCAAACACUGAGAACUGUGUUAGUACUUAAUUACUUUUACUUUUCAUCCUCUGUUGACAUUAAGCGUCAAGAGGAAAUGUAGUUUUCUAUUGCAGGCCAGUUUCUUUGCACCUGGUAAAAAAGAAAACUUAGAUUAAAAAUGACAUUAUUAUGUCUGUGUACUUUAAUAACUGCCAUAAAGUGCCAUUUCGUAACGUAAUUUAUAAAAAAAAUAAACAUGCACAUUUGACAGUAAAAAAAA